UGUUUCCUGACUAAUUCUUAAAAUGCAGAUAUUUGGGUUCCUUGAUGUGGAGAAGAAUGGAUCAAUUACAUUUAAGGAGUUCUUGUUUGGAUCCGCUCAUGUGAUGAAGCAACCAUUAUUCCACCAAGCCUGUGAAUUUGCAUUUGCUAAAUGUGUUAUUCAGGGAGCUAGUUACUGUUCAGAGCAAGAAUUGGCUGAUGUUAUUAGACCUACCAUUCCAGAUCUGAAUUAUGAGGAGAUUCAUGGGCUGUUCAAUCUAUUUGACAUGGAUAAGGAUGGAAGGAUCAGCAAGGAUGAUUUCUUUUCCUGCCUGAGAAAGAAUCCCCUGCUGAUAGCACUUUUUUCACCAUGUUUGGCCCGCAAAGAGCUGUCAAAGGAUGGGGAUAUGGUGCUGCAUGAGACUGUCUGAUCCAUAGCUGUGUGUUUUCCUGAGGCAAAACAUAGAUUUGUUGCUUGACUGAGAAUUAUCCACUACUAUGGGGGCGUAAUAUUAUUUUUUUUUGGAUCAAGCCCCUCAAAAGAGACUGCCUACAAUGAUUAUUGAUCCUGUUAAAUGGGGAUUUAACUUGUAAGUUCAUGCUGUUUUGCAUCUAAGACAGAUCUUGUGACUACAAAUUUUGUGUGCUUAACUUGGAGCUUGAGAGCAUAGAAAUGAAAAUUAUUCAUGAUU